CGGCCACUAACACAUUCAAACUUCUUUUUUUUUUUUUUUUUGAUAAGAAACACAUUCAAACUUCUUACACUUAAAAAUAAACAACUUUUGGUACCAACUUAAAGUCGUAAUUAACCCCAAACCCCGUGCCUAAUUAGUUCCUAAUAUUAAUUAACAAACACCGCGUCAGCCGUAUAAAUAUCGCAACCACUGCCUUAUUCCAAGCAACCCACCCCACCCUACCAGUAACCGAGCAGCAGAGAGUGUGAGUAUUCCUCAUUUUCUCUCUCCUCAUUUUUCCUCUACAAACUUAAAUCUCAUCAUCAAUGGCGCUCUCUGAAAACCCUAGAAAAUCUCUGCUCCCAUCCUUCCUUUACACAUCCAAGGCGUUUGCAGGUCUUGACCAAGUCGUCGUUAACAAAAUGACCUCCAACCCUAGCUUGUCGGAAAAUGGUGGCGCCACCAGUUUUCUCAUUCCGUCUCCCAGUGAGCCAUCGAGGAAGAUCGAGAUGUACUCUCCUCAGUUUUAUGCUGCUUGCACUGCUGGUGGAAUUCUCAGCUGUGGUCUUACUCAUAUGGCUGUUACUCCUCUUGACCUUGUCAAAUGUAAUAUGCAGAUUGACCCAGUCAAGUACAAGAGCAUCAGCUCUGGUUUCGGUAUUUUGCUCAAGGAACAGGGAGCCAGGGGCUUCUUUAGGGGUUGGGUGCCUACGCUUUUGGGUUACAGUGCUCAGGGUGCUUGCAAAUUCGGUUUCUAUGAGUUCUUCAAGAAGUACUAUUCUGACAUUGCUGGCCCGGAGUAUGCUGCCAAGUAUAAGACAUUGAUUUACCUUGCUGGUUCAGCAUCAGCUGAAGUUAUCGCAGAUAUUGCCCUUUGCCCUAUGGAGGCAGUAAAGGUUAGGGUGCAAACCCAACCUGGUUUUGCCAGAGGAUUGUCUGAUGGGCUCCCCAAGUUUAUCAAGUCUGACGGAAUUGGCGGGCUUUACAGGGGAUUGGGUCCACUUUGGGGUCGCCAGAUUCCAUACACUAUGAUGAAAUUUGCAUCGUUCGAAUUGGUUGUUGAGCAGCUCUAUAAGCAUGCUGUCCCUGUGCCAAAAAGUGAGUGCAGCAAGCCCAUGCAGCUUGGUGUGAGCUUUGCUGGUGGAUAUAUUGCUGGUGUUUUCUGUGCUAUUGUCUCACAUCCUGCUGAUAACCUUGUGUCUUUUCUUAACAAUGCAAAGGGGGCAACUGUUGGUGAUGCUGUGAAAAAGAUGGGCCUGUUGGGUCUUUGUACUCGUGGACUUCCUCUCCGUAUUGUUAUGAUUGGUACCCUCACUGGAGCACAAUGGGGUAUUUAUGAUGCAUUCAAAGUAUUCGUUGGCCUGCCUACAACUGGUGGUGCAGCUCCUCCGGCAGCCACUGAAACUGCUCCUGUCAAGGUAUGAAGAUGUUGAUGACAGAGAGUAUAAGCUAUUAGCGGCUUUAGUCGGACAGUUUUGGAUGUGUGGAGAAAUGUUAAUAAACAACAGAACCACUGAUAAUGCUCACUGGAUAGUGGGAGAGGAGAAUUUUUGUUUUCUAAAAGACCUUUAUAUUCUUGACCAUCUUAAACUUGUAGUCGCUCUGGGUAAUACUUUUGACGAGGAUGGUUUUGUUCUCAUCCUAUUCGGUUACUCUUUUGAGUAUGCAUAUUAGACAACUUAUAGAUCAUUGUUUUUUAUGGUUUUGGCCCUGCUAGGAACUGGCAACAUAAAAUGACGCAACAUAUUCGGGAUUAUACUUUGGUUAAUUUUUUGCUAGAGCUGCUGCUGUUUAAGAGGAAGAUAAUGUUUUGUUAUUUGCUUGGAAGCAAGCAUGGAAAUUUGAGCUUUUUAAGUA